UCUUGUCAGACACCCGCAGGAGUGAGCAGAGAAGUCACUGUCACAUUUUCAUGCAGUUGAUUUUAUAAUCGCAAACCAAAUUCAGACACAUUUGUUCUAAACAAAGCAUUACUAGGCGGAGGGCCUCCUCUCUCUUGGGCUCUUGUGAUUUCCUGUUAGAGAAGUUGUUUUGCGUUUUAUUUAAUAAUUGCUGCUAAAAGUGACGUUUACUGGUUAAACAAAAUAGUGUUUUAAAUGUUCGUUUUCAAAAGGAAAUUUCUCCCCCGUGAUAUUAGGUAUAUUUAAAUUAUUAGACCUUCAGAAGUGAUAUUGGGGCAGGAAGCUGUUUGAGCCCUGCCUGCUGUUUGUCCCAGGAUGAGGUGCGUGCGGAGUCGCCUGGAAGUCUGUGAGAGAGCACAGUACGGCGAGUCUGUGGUGUCUUCUCUCUUCCACCCGCACGUGCACCGUGACUGUCUCCGAACCCCCUGGCUUCCUGACUGCACGGGAACUAACACGGGCUUGCUCACGCGUCCCGGCAGUGCAGCGCUUCCUCUCAGCCUGGCAUCCAUGUUUCUUCCCCCUGAGUGGCCUCUGGGUCGUGGGGGAGGUGCUGUCUAUAUCCCAGCCCGCGUCCCUCCUUCGCAGGCCUCCGCCCUGUGCUCAGACCCCCUCUCUUGCACAGGAAGGGCCCACGCUCCCGCCCCCACCUGUCUGUGCCAGCACAGGGAGCUCGGUGUGCUGGCCUCCGGGGAUGCUGAGGCGGUCAUCACGGGAGGUCCCGUCCCCCUGGGCUCCGUGGGAGAGCUGGCCAGUGUGCUCAGGCGGGUGGACUGAAGGGUGGAGAUUGUCAUCGAAGGUCGGGUGCAAACACUAAUCAGUGUCCUGCCCCCUCCAGUCCUUGAGUGGUUCUGCGGGCAGCCGCCACCUGCAGACUGGAGGCAAACUGAACCAUCUCAGGAAAGCAGAUUUAGGCGUUUGUGUUUGGCAUUGUGUUAAUGUUUCAGAGACACCCCCCCCCCAAUCCCGAUCCACCAGAAACCUCAGGAGUCUUGUGCUGAGGUGCAUUUGAGCUAAUGAACAAUCCAUUUAAAGAGGUUUGGCAACACUGAAAAGAUAUUUUAGACCAUCUUUUAUAGACCACAUUCUCCAUUACAGCCUAGGGAAAGUUUUAUUUUUACUCUUUCUUACAUGUUAGUCAAAAAUGAGCAGUGAUCCAGUGCGACCUCCACCCCCCUCCCCUGUCCCAGGCCAGGUUACGAAGUUGCGGGGCUCGUGGCUGUUCCCCGAGGUCGGGGCUGUUCGUGAAGAGAGAGCCUCUCAUUUUUCCACUAUGUAGGCCUUUGUCCCGAGUACGGUGGGAAGUGAAGACGUGUUUACACCGAGUCUGACAGUCAGUGUUCCGCGGUGUUGUCAGUGCACUCAGUCCACAAGGCACACUUUGUAUGUCGAAUUCAUCUGUACAUAUGCAGAGGAUGCUAUUUGUGUAUAAAAACUGCUUUAUCCCUGGUCUUUUUUCCAGCUCUUUGGUGAAUAGAAUAUUAAAUGUGUUAUGGAAAUGCAGAUUAUUGCUCCUUUAGGAAGAUAAUUAUGAAAAUAAAAUCUGAAACUAUAUAAGUA